AUGUCGAACAACCCGUACGAAAGGACUGCUCCGGCGAGACUCCACGGUAGAGAGUCUCUCGUAUCGCUCGACUCAAACUACAGGUCGCAGCGCUUAGGCCCUGCCGCCGAGAAUGAUGAGCAUGUCUACUCUGGGGCUUCCACAUGGUCGGGGCAAGUUAGUUCCGCGGGAGGUUAUGCGCCGGUAUCAGCUACAUCCAGCCCCAGUAAGGAUCGGAAGCAACCUCGUCGUGCAUGGUCGCAAGACGCAAUGACGGAUGAUGAGUCUUACGAUAUGUCCCUGCUCAAAUCGGCUGCUCCCUUCGGCACUAGCAGAUAUGCUGCGGUGCCUGAAGAGGAGCCAGCCGAGCCCAUCUUCGAUCUGUCUACAUUUUCUGGGCCUAUGAGCGCCCAAGACCACGAGUUCAUCAAGAAGCUCCAGGAGCAGGAGGCCAAUGGAAAGCUCACGGGCGGUUUGGGGGCUGGGAUAGGACCGGACACAAGAAUGAACACCGAUGAACUGCUGGCCACCAGUCCGACACUGAGUCGUUCUUUCUCAUUCGCCCGAGCACUUUCAACCAAGAGGAAUUCAACUAUGGGAAAGGCAGGGAUCAAAGGUCUCGGACAGACCGCGGCCAACAAGACCGGAGAAGUGAUCGAACUCAUCAUAGAAGAACCCUCUGAGAUCGACCUGAGUAACAUGACCGGACCAGCUCCUAUCGGUCUCGGACCCGAGAUGCGUCGCUCAACUUUCCCCAGGUCGGAAACCAAAACGGAGGUCUUCUACCCGCAACCAAACUGGAAGCCCUUUUCGAUGCGAUGGCCCUAUCUGAUAAGUCUUAUAGUUCUAUCACUUGGCCUGGCUAUUGGCCAAGAACUACUCUACCAACAGUCGGCAUCUGCACCACUCAUGAAGUUCCAGAAACCGGAAGAUAUCAAGCCCUUCGACUACUUUGUCCUGAAAUUUCUACCUACCAUUGUAACCGUCACUUUCGGUGUUUUAUGGUCGAUCACGGACGUCGAGGUCAAGCGCUUUGAAGCAUUUUACCAGAUGUCGAAGGACGGUGGUGCGCUGGCAGCGGAAUCGAUCAACAUCGACUACAUUACUCUACUCAACUUCAAGAGGCCCUUCCAUGCCAUUAAACGGAAGCACUACGCGGUUGCCGUAUCUUCCAUAACGAGCAUCCUGGCAGUCUCUCUAGUGCCGACUCUGGGCUCGGCUGCCAUAGUUCUGGGGCCAGAUAGGGCAACCCGGCACGCAAAUCUCGACGUGGAGAAGACAAUCACCAUCAACCCGGCCUUGUCUCGCCUCUUGACAACAACGUUCGUGACCAUCGCCGUUCUAGGCAUGGUCCUGUUCUAUCAGCUUGAGAGGCGGCGUUCCGGAUUAGCAGGAGACGUGAAGGGCAUCGCCGGGCUCGCCUCCAUGGCGGUUGUAAGCCACAUCAUGACGGACUUCAAGGACAUGGAUGUCGCAAAACCACAGGACAUCCACUACAAGCUGAGGAAUCACCGAUACGUACUACGAAACUCCUCACUAGCUCCAGACGAGGCUUCACCAAUGACAAGACAGGAGCAGGACAAGUACCGCGAGGCGCAUUUACCUGAAAAUCCCCAUCCGCUGAUGCUGCGGGCCGAGGGCGGGAUACCUUUCAUCCUCGGCAUAUUGCUCUUUCUCGGCUUCAUCCCCCUGUUCUUGUUCACGCCCGCGAGUGAGCUUACGGACAAGGCCCCAUGGGUUGUGACGGCGCUCGCGGUCUGCAUCAAGCUCGCCUGGGGCAGUCUGGACACGGGCAUUCGCAUGAUGGAGCCAUACUAUAUCUUGUCGAAACGACAUGCACCCUCCAAGACUCUCACAUUAGACUACACGGCCAUGCCGUUCGCCUGGGUGGCCUUCCGCGCCAUGUUGAACAAGCACUGGGUCGUCUGUCUCGUCGGCUUCGGCACGGUGCUCUCGGAAUUCUUGACCAUCUUCGUGACUUCGCUCGCAACGGUCGACGGCAAAGACUUCAUCGACCAGAUCCGCCACGCGCAAGACGACGCCUCCAAAGGUUCCACGACGGACGCGCCGAACCGAGACUUCAACUCGGGCCAGGAAACGGUGCUCUCCUUCGCCAUCACGCUGGUGUUCACCGUGUUCAUCCUGCUGUACAUGUUCGUGGUGGCGGCGACGGUGUUUGCGCGCCGGCGCCACCCGUUCCUGCCGCGGCAGCCCAACACGAUCGCCAGCGUGCUGGCCUUCAUGCACCAGAGCAAGAUGCUGUACGACUUCGUGGGCACGGCCAAGUUCACCAACGCCCAGAUGGUCGGCAGGCUCGAGGACAUCGGCAAGACGUACGGGCUGGGUUGGUUCGAGGGCCGCGACGGGCUGACGCACUGCGGCGUCGACGAGGAGGAGCUGACGGGCAACUACAAGCACGGCAUCGACUACUCCAAGGGCAACAAGCCGUGGGAUCGCGAGUGGCAGUUGUUUUGA